CUCGUUUAAUAAAUUGUAGAGGUCAUAAUAUAUCAAAUUGGUCAAAAUCAUUAUCAAAGCUUUUGCAGAGGGACAUGAUUGAUAUUCAUCCAUAACAACCUCCCGUUUGAUGGUUGCUGCUUUCAGGUGUACCUCGGCUUUUCAAAACUCUGCCAAUACCGCUGUGUCGCUGGUUAAUAAAUAUAUGCCCCAUUUUGGAUAUAAUUAAUACAUUUAUAGAAUAAAAGAAUGAAUAAAUAAAUCGCAGCAUGGUAACGCAGUGGUUUGUGUUGUCGCCUCACAGCAAGGUUUCGGGUUCGAGCCUCGGCCUUUCUGUGCAUGUUCUCCCUCUGCCUACGUGGGUUCUCUCUGGGUACUCCGGCUUCCUCCCACAGCCCAAAAACAUGCAGCUUAGGUUGACUGGAGACUCUUACGUUGACAGUAGGGUUAUGUCUCCACAUAACGACAGUUAUCUUUGUGAGGACACGAGAGGCACAAAUUGAGCUACACCUGGGUUCUGGCUGGCCACGGUGGGAGAGAAACAAUCGUAAAGGAACGGCCAUGAAGUUGUCGGUAAUUCGCAGUGCUUGUGGCAGUCUUCGGUUAUAUCCAGCCAGUCCAGGACGAAGCAGGUCAACCGGCUUGUCGCGGAGAUGCCUACCGGGUAACCCGGCCAACGGCCGAUUGAUCCUCCGGCCAGCAAGUUUUACUACCAGUGGCGGCACUGACCCGAUAUUAGCCGUGAAUUUUAUCUCCAAACAGUCUCCAAAGGAGGUUAAGUUUGACUGCGACGGUUCUUUGAGAGAAGUAGUUCAGAGCACCAAGGAGGCAAUGGUGGCUCUACAGAGAAGUAACCAAGCAGUCCAACCUUCGUUAGCCAUUAUACAGGCAGGUGAAGAUGACAGUUUGUUGGCGAUCAAUAAGAAAUUGGCAGGAAUGAUUGAGUUGAACGUCACUCAGAUUUGUCUGGCAAACGAGUGCAGUGAAGAUGAAAUUGUACAGGAGUUGUUGAAGCUGAAUGAGGACCCCGGGGUGCAUGGUAUCUACCUCCACCUCCCCCCAGCUUCCCUGAGCAGUUGGGUGCUCAACACCCUCAAACCUGAGAAGGAUGUGGACGGGAUAUCAGAUUUGAAUAUGGGCCGUUUGGUACGAGGGGACUUGAGCAAAGGCUUCGUGCCACCCAUAGCCAGUGCUGUUGUGGAUCUGCUGCAGAAACAUGAUGCUCAUUUGGAAGGAAAAUCAGUGUUGCUGCUCGGAGGAGAAGGACCCCUUGGGCUGGCUCUGCAGUGCCUGAUGGAGAGAAGUGGAAUGGUAGUGCUGAAGAGUAAGGGGAUCUCCAAAAGCCUACAGAGACAGUUGAUGGAGGCUGACGCUGUAGUCAUGUUACGAGGAGCAGAUAUGGAUGUCCCAGCCACCUGGUUUAGACCGGGGACUGCCGUCAUUCGCUGCGAGUUUACCAUGGAGACAGAUGAACAUGCCACUGGGUUAGGACAUCUCACUGCAGCUUACAGAGCACAGAAUGUGGUGCGUAGUUACAGUCGAUGGCUCAAGGAGCAGCAAUACCGACCCUGGCGUCUGCACAGCCUCAAACUCCAGCCCCUGAUCCCUGUACCAAGUGACAUUGAGAUUUCUAGAACCCAGACGCCCAAGCCGGUGGACCAGCUGGCUGAGGAGAUUGGAUUGCUGCCAGAAGAGCUUGAAGCCUAUGGCAGGAACAAAGCUAAGGUCCGACUCUCCCUGUUGGACCGCCUCCACUCACAGCCUGAUGGGAAAUAUGUACUGGUUGCUGGCAUAACUCCCACACCACUAGGGGAAGGCAAAAGCACAGUGACUAUUGGCCUAGCCCAGGCCCUGUCUACCCACCUUAAGCUCAACUCUUUCGCCUGUCUCCGACAGCCUUCUCAGGGACCCACCUUUGGGGUUAAAGGGGGAGCUGCAGGAGGGGGGUAUGCCCAGGUCAUCCCUAUGGAGGAGUUCAACCUUCACCUCACUGGUGACAUUCAUGCUAUCACAGCAGCCAAUAACCUGGUAGCAGCAGCCGUCGAUGCCAGGAUGCUCCAUGAGGCAACACAAUCAGACAAGGCUCUGUUCAGUAGACUGGUCCCUUCAGUAAAUGGAGCCAGAAGAUUUUCACCCAUCCAGAUCUCCAGGCUUCGUCGUCUUGGGAUCAAAAAAACGGACCCUGCCUCUCUCACACCGCAAGAAAUCGGUGCCUUUGUCCGUCUUGACCUUGAUCCUGCCAAGAUCACCUGGCAGAGAGUUGUUGAUACAAAUGACCGUUUCUUGAGGAAGAUCACCAUUGGACAGGCGAACACUGAAAAGGGACAGAUCAGAGAGACUGGCUUUGACAUUGCAGUGGCCAGCGAAAUCAUGGCCAUCCUGGCUCUGGCAGACAGCCUGGAGGACAUGAAAACCAGACUGGCUCGCAUGGUGGUGGGGACCAGUCGCUCUGGCCAGCCCGUCACCGCGGAGGACCUGGGUGUGAGUGGAGCACUGGCGGUGUUAAUGAAAGAUGCCAUCAAACCCACGCUGAUGCAGACUCUUGAGGGUACCCCGGUGUUUGUCCAUGCUGGGCCCUUUGCCAACAUCGCCCAUGGCAACUCCUCUGUGCUGGCAGACAAGCUGGCUUUGAAGUUGGUUGGACAGGAUGGCUUUGUGGUGACUGAAGCAGGUUUUGGAGCAGAUAUCGGGAUGGAGAAGUUCUUCAACAUCAAAUGUCGAGCCUCAGGUUUGAGGCCUAAUGUGGUGGUGCUUGUUGCAACUGUCCGAGCACUAAAGAUGCACGGAGGAGGCCCAAAUGUGUCAGCUGGUGCACCUCUUCCCAGAGAGUACAUUGAAGAGAAUCUGAGCCUGGUUGCAGGUGGUUGCCAUAGCAAUCUCAGGAAGCAGAUUCAAAUUGCACAUCUGUUUGGGGUACCAGUCGUGGUGGCACUUAACGUCUUCAAGACAGACACCCAAGCAGAGAUUGACCUUGUGUGUCGGAUCGCAAAAGAGUGUGGAGCAUCUGACGCUGUGCCGUGUAACCACUGGGCGCAGGGAGGGCGAGGGACUAUAGAGCUGGCUAAGGCUGUGAAUGAAGCUGCCAGGACUCCCGGCAACUUCCAGUUCCUGUACAACUUAGAUAUGCCGAUUGUGGAAAAGAUCAGAACAAUAGCCCAGAAAGUGUAUGGGGCUGAUGACAUUGAGCUGUCUCCAGAGGCCACAGCCAAGAUAGAUUAUUACAGCCAACAGGGCUAUAGUUCAUUGCCCAUCUGCAUGGCCAAGACCCACCUGUCCCUGUCCCAUAUGCCCGACAAGAAGGGUGCACCCACCGGGUUUGUUUUGCCGAUCAGAGAUGUCCGUGCUAGCGUUGGGGCUGGCUUCAUCUACCCACUUGUGGGAACGAUGAGCACCAUGCCUGGACUGCCAACCCGACCCUGUUUCUACGACAUCGACCUUGACCCGGUCACAGAGGAGAUCACUGGGCUCUUCUAGGCAUUAUCACAUAUACAUCGAUAUGCAGUAUUCUACCAUCCCAGUCAUCUAAAGGAACAGGCAUUGUAUCAUUCUAAGUAUUUUAAUUACUCAUUGACUGUUGUUACAUGAGACAUAAUUUCCUCCCUGGAGUCUCCAGUGUAGUGCUUCAUUUACCCAGUGCCAAGGCUCCUGUCUGUGCAGCUACACUCUCUUUGAUGAAGUUCCAUUCAUCAUCUUGUUUUCCUCUCAGGCUCUCAGAUCUGUUUUCAGUACCUUAAGUUCCAUGUGUGAAUCAUAAAACGCAUCCAUCCACUGCACCUUUGACAGGAAAUGCGCUCUUGGCUCUUCCCAGCAGCCAAAACACUCCCUACGUCACUGUAAUAUAUUCUGGAAAACAAACAACAAACAAAUGUUAUGCUGUAUUUGCACAUCUGUUUUUAAAGAUGACCUCCUACACCUAUACCAGGUAUAUCAUAUAUGUUGUAUGCGUAUGCUUGUGAUCUCUCUGUACUGUUUUUCAGUGUAUGGAAGAGUCUUGUCUUCAAAUCAUCUUAAAUUGUACUUGAAUGUGUUUUAACAGAUGUAUUUUUGUGUGCAAAUGUCUUAUAAUGGUGUUACAUUUUUAUACACAUCUUAAACUUUGUGUAUUUAUUUACACAGCUCCCAUUGUACGCACAAAAAACUGUUAUGGUAUUUACAUGUAGUUAUGACUAGUGUGGUGUCCUGACCUUCUGGAUGCUGCCAACAGAAAUCAGUAAAAGUUUACACUCAUUGUUCCUAAGACAUUUUUAGUUAUUGCUGAACUAUUCCAUGUGAUGUGAUGUGAUGCGACAGCUGUAUGUUGAUCCUAAAAAUGUGUUGUCACAUGAUUGUGUUUCCCGUGGUAAGCCACACAGAUCCUGACGUGUUGGAGAUGAUUUAGUUAGUAGAUAAUGGCUGAAUAACAGGCACAUGUUAAUUUUAAGCCAGUUUAUAUGUGAAAUGAAGCCUUUUCUUUAAAAGUGGAUGCUUUAUUUCAUGGCAGUUCUUUUAUGAUGUUAGUCAACAAGGUAGGUCUGUUAUAGACAACUGUGGGAGACCCUGAAUUUACACUUUAAUAGAUGUUUGUUUUUUCUACCUCUCUGCAUUCGGCGGAAAUGCCAAAUGGCAACAUGCGAGUCGUCAGUGUGACAAUGUUAGCUGGUUUGUGUGCUUGCUCCAAUAACAUAUUUAGUAUUGCUGUCACUGGCAGCAGUUGUGUGUUGAACAUUUUGGUUCUCAGAUAAUCAAAAGUAUGUGCAUUUUAAAUAAACUUUUUUUUUCUUCGCCUUUGGUUCCAAAACCCUGUGUU